GCAGCAGUGCCAGAGCAUACACGAAGCACGGGCUCGGAAGCAGAGAAAUUACGAAGACACACCAGAAGCCUAGUACGCAACACAUAACAUCCCUGGAUUCGGCCACCAUGGCGACGCGCAAACGCAACGAAUGGCUCGACGCCGACGAGAGCGACGAAGAAGAGCGCGACUACGAGUCAGAAGACGAGAGCAGAUCGCGCAUGCUCAAGUCCACAAAGCGCCGAAAAAUCGAAUAUGAAUCCGACUCUGAGGACGCCGCCGACGAGCCAGACGCCGACGACCGGGACGACCCCAAAGACGAGGACGAUGCGCACGACGAACCCACCUUCGACUCCCCCGCCGCCGAACUCGCGCACCUCGAAAAGCUCGCCGCAACUCUCCCCAAAGACCUGAAGCUUCCAUCCACCCAGCUUGGCACGCCCUUACCCCUACCUUCGAAGCCAAAAAAAGACAAAUCCGGCGUCAUCUACCUCUCCCGCAUCCCGCCCUUCAUGAAGCCCACCGUCCUCCGCUCCCUGCUCACCCCCUACGGCGCCGUCGGCCGUGUCUUCAUGACGCCCGAGCCCGCCGCCUCGCGCACGCAGCGCCUGCGCACGGGCGGGACGCGCCGCAAGCUGUUUCUCGACGGGUGGGUCGAAUUCCUGUCGAAAAAAGACGCCAAGUUCGUCGCGGAGAACCUCAACGCGCAGACCAUGGGCGGAAAGAAGCGCGGGCGCUGGCACGACGAGGUCUGGAAUGUCAAGUACCUCAGUGGCGUCAAGUGGGCGCAUUUGGUGGAGCAGAUUCAGAAUGAGAAUGCAGAGAGGACGGCGAGGUUGCGGGUCGAAAUUGCCAAGGGGAAGAAGGAGAAUGAGAGGUUUUUGGAGAAUGUGGAGAGGGGGAAGAUGUUGGGCGGGAUGGAGGCGAAGAGGAAGGCGAAGGGAGAGGAGGAGCCCGUGUUUGAGAGGGAGGAAGCAGAUGCUGUGGGCGAGACCGAGGGGCAGCAGAGUGGGAGGAAGAAGGAGAGGAGGAGCAAGUUUUCGCAGAGGGAGAUGCGGACGAAGGCGGAUAAGAAGCCCGAGCCGGGACAAGACGUGCAGAGGGUGCUGGGGUCGAUUUUUUAGUCGUGACAUUUUAUGUCGCCUCGCUCAAUACCAUUUCAUGAUCGUAUGC